AUGGUCGAAAAUUACCAAACAGCUCAACGCAAGAUACGAGUUCUCAGAGAAUCGACUUACUUUGAACAGAGUCCUCGAUGUCGUUCAUUGCUAGCCUCAGCUCAUGACAGUUGGACAUGCCUGCCCCUUGGUACGGUCGCGCAGGACCAGAACAGCCUGCAGCAGACGCCUGACUCCGCCGGACUCACCCAGCAUCCGUCGGCCGUGCCCGCAAGCAGCAGCGUCGUGCCAACGAUGCCUUCCUCGAUGCCGACUCUUUCGUUGAGUCCGAUGAGCAUGGCUGCGAUGGGCGGCUAUCCCUCCGCCCACGCGCAUGCCCACGCCUCACUCAACCCCCAGCAGCAGGCCCAAGCCGCUCAGGCCGCCCAAGCGGCACAAGCUGCACAGCAGGCCGCACAAGCUGUCCAGGCUCAAGCUGCACAGCAGGCUGCACAAGCGCAAGCGGUUCAGGUUCAAGCUCAGGCACAAGCCCAAGCUCAAGCGCAAGUGCAGGCUGCUGCUGCUGCAGGCAACAGCGCGCCAGUUUACGCGCAGGCCCUGAAUGCUCAGGCGCAAUUGAUGGCGCAAGCACAGGCGGCCCAAGCAGCUGCUGCGGCGGCUGCCGCAGCGGCUGCUGUGGGCAACGCUGGCCGAGUGGGCGUGGACGUGGGCGUAGGGGCGCCGCACGCCGCCGCGUACGCCGCCGCCGCUGCCGCCUCCGAAGCCGUCAGCAGCAGUAAUGGGGGGCAGGGGGGCCACCCGCAAGCGAAGAAACGCGCCCGGGAUGCUGACUCUGACCUGUUACACCUGGCCACCCUGCCGGGAAUGGUGCAGUACAAGCGGCCUGCACUCGAGAAGAGCGGCUUGCCCGUUUACCAACCAACGGCGACAGCAGCUGCCGCUGCCGCUUAUCAACAAGCAGCACUUGCCCUACAGAUGCAACAGCAGUUUGCCGUACCGGUCUCUUUCCCUAUAGGAAGCACGUUGGGCUCCACCCAACCGAAUCUUCAGGGCAACAUAGCCGCUUCAAUUCAGCACCUCCAUGAUGUCAAUUACUGUGAUAGUAACGGACAGGUAUCCUCGGUUGACAAGUUAAUCGCAACAAUUAUUUUGCCCUCGUUCAACGUCUGUCCGUAGGUCCGCCAGAAGAAUUGUCGUCUUUAAGGCUGAAAUUCGACAAAUUCGCUAGA